AUGUUUGCUCUCCGGCCUCUGCCCGGAGGUCUUGGCCUAAAUGAACCUCCCGGAUUCCACGAUUCGCCGUCGCCAACCACCAUCCAAGCCACAGUAUCGUCUAUCCAAUGGAGCUAUGAGAGUAAGAUCGUCUGUGAGGCAACAUUUCAGGAUCUGCGCUCCAUUCGACUCCGAGGAAACGUGCCUCUGGCCUUUGAUAGCGACGUUCGAUCAGACCCCAGUGUCUAUAUGGGGAUGUACGUCUUCGAGCGUCCACCAUACGAUGGGCUCAAAGCUGGCGUUGAGGUCACGUACAAGACCUUCCCUGGCUACCGAUUUCUUCCCACCAAGGGAAACUUGACUACUGUUAAUGGCCAGACCAACGCCUUCCGAACCAACCGCCGUAUCCAGAUUCAUCAGGUCACAGAUGACGACCCGCAGUGGGAGUUCAUCAUCCACGAGCUCGGUGUGCCUUGCCUUGAUCAGCAGCUCGGCCUCGACCAGCUCACCGUCGUCUUCGACCACCAAGCCCGAGAUGGUCGUCUCCCUGACUCAGUCGACUGGCAGAAUGUCGAGUGGGGGUUCACAAAGCCUCCCAUCCAGGGGUGGGCUCUUUCCAGGCUUCUCGCCCAGUCUCCUGACAUGAGUGACGCCAAACUGCAGCCCCUCUACGAUGCUACUGCCAGACUGACGGACUUUUGGAUGGACACGCGAAGAGGCAACACCUCGCGUCUUCCUUUCUGGGCUCAUGGUAAUGACUCUGGGUGGGAUAACUCCACCGCGUUCGACAGCACGCCAAUGAUCGUCGGGCCUGACCUCGCGGCUUCCCUUCUUCUCCAGGCCAGCUGCCUAGAACAGGUCGCUAGGCGCCUACGGCACGAAAACGAGUGCGAGAAGUGGGCAAAUAUGAGAAGUCUUUUGAUCAAUGCACUCAUCGAAGAAUUAUGCGAGUGGGGUCUCGCCACCGAGGAAAUCGCCUCGCCUCAUUACGAGAGCGACGGAUACUGGCGCGGCCCUAUCUGGGCUCCCUCAACUCAUCUUGUGGAAUCUGGCUUGCGUGAUGCUGGCCGAGUCCAUUCCACCAAUGAGAUCAGCAUGCGAUUCUUACAGCUGUGUGAGAAGUCAGGGUUUGCAGAGAACUUUGAUGCUAUCACGGGUGAGGGGCUGUGGGAUCUGUCAUACACGUGGACCUCAGCGGUAUACUUGGUUAUGCGACGAGAGGCCAUUGAGAGGGGCAAUACUAAAUAG